AAUUGCUCCAUGAGGACUCGGGGGCCAUGGCUCUGAUGGAGCGCCGUCUCCUGGCUCUGGCCUUGUGGGUCUGCGUGGGGGUGGAGCUCCACGUCGGGGGCGACCAGAUGAAGCCGACGCGGGCACCUCUGAUCCCUCACCGGCCCUUUGUCGUCGUGUGGAACGCUCCCACCGAGUCCUGCCGCCUUCGAUUCAAAGUGGACUUGGACCUGAGUGUUUUUGACAUCGUGGCGAAUCUGAACGAAACCCUAAGCGGACCAAACGUCACGAUAUUCUACCACAGCCACUUGGGGCACUACCCGUACUACUCCAACUCUGGGGAUCCCAUCAACGGGGGACUACCGCAGAACCAGAGCAUCUCCAAACACCUGAGCAAAGCCCGGGCCGACAUUGAUAAGCUGAUCCCCCACAAGGACUUCAGAGGCCUGGGUGUCAUCGACUGGGAGAACUGGAGGCCUCAGUGGGUCCGGAACUGGGGUUCUAAAGACAUCUACCGCAACAAAUCCAAGGAGCAGAUCCGGAAGCUUCACCCGAACUGGCCGGAGAGCAAAGUGGAGAACGAGGCGAAGGAGAGCUUUGAGAGGGCGGGGCUUUCCUUCAUGAAUCUGACUCUGUCGUUGGCUGAAGGUCGCAGACCGGAUGGCCUGUGGGGGUUUUACCUGUUCCCAGACUGCUAUAACUACGGGUACAAGCAGCACCCACAGAGGUACACCGGAGAAUGCCCCAACAUCGAGCACGUACGCAACGACCACCUGAUGUGGCUCUGGAAGGAGAGCACCGCCCUCUACCCGUCCAUCUACCUGGACUACGAGCUCAAGUCCUCCCAAAACACGGUCAGGUUCGUCCACUAUCGAGUCAAGGAGGCCAUGAGGAUCGCAUCCAUCGCCCGUACGGACUACACGCUGCCUGUGUUUGUCUACUCCAGACCUUUCUACGCCUACACCUUCGUGGUUCUGUCAGAGAGUGACCUGAUUCACACCAUCGGGGAGAGCGCUGCGUUGGGAGCGUCCGGCGUCGUGCUCUGGGGAUCGUCCGAGUAUGCACGAACACAGAGGAACUGCCUCACAGUGAAGAAAUACAUCGACGGUCCUCUGGGACAUUACGUCAUCAACGUCACCUCGGCUGCCAAGCUGUGCAGCAAAGCCCUCUGCAAGAAGAACGGCAGGUGCGUCCGAAAGAGUCUGGACUCAGGAGCGUACCUGCACCUGAACCCGCGCUUCUUCCGCAUCCAUCACAACCCGGCCCCCAGGGGCCCCCGCUUCCACGUCAGAGGUCACCUCAACAACCACGACAUCCUGGACAUGAAGCACAAGUUCACCUGCCAGUGCUACCAGGGCUGGACGGGAGUUUACUGCGAGAUGCCUCAGACUCCAUCACGUCCUCCGCCUCCCCCUCCUCCUCCUCCUCCUCCUCCUCCUCCUCUCCCAGCUCAGCCUGUCAUCCCUCUGCCUCACCCCAGAGAGCACAGCCUGCUGGGAGACAUCCUGCUCCUCCUGUCCCUCCACUUCUCCUGUCUGUGUGUGAUCAUGUUCCUGGGACUCUGCCUGAUCAUCAAGUGUCUGAUACUGUAGAGAGAACAAGCAGCUACAACUGUGUGUGUAAGAAUGUAAUCAGCUGCAGUUCCUCUGAUGUCCACUGGGUGCUGCUUCAUGAAAAUUGUAUUGAUGUGCAUCGAAAAGAAUCCAGUUUGCUCACUUCAAACAUCAGUGUAUGAGUGCAUGAUUAUUUCAUUGCAGAUGACGUGUGUCUUAGUUUCAUGCUGCAGCCGGCCAGCAGGGGGAGCUCUACAUGUUUUAGCAUCACUUCUCCAGGCUACAGUCUACGGUCUGUAGCCUGGUUGGGUUCAAAUACAUCGUGAUAACUGCUCAUUACUUUCCAAAUACAACAAAUCUCUCUGAAUGUUUGUAAUCCAGGAUUAA